AUGGGACCGAAGAAAGCUGGAUUUCAAUGGGAUAAGUGGGAUCUUAAAACUGGCUAUAAAACAAAUCAAUGGCAAUCGAGAGUAUCCGCACCAUCCUGUGCUUUUUGUAAUAAACCAGUCUUUCCAGCUGAAGAAAUUGUUGGUGCUGGACAAAAAUAUCAUAGAUUUUGUCUUAAAUGCAUUGCAUGCAACACAUUGCUUAAUUCAGGUAAUAUCAAUUCACACGAAAAAAAAAUCUAUUGUGUAUCUUGUUAUCGUCGACAAUUCGGUCCACGUGGAAUUGCUCAUGGCUUGGGAUUACCAUUAUCACUUAAUAUUGAAACACCGCCAACUAGUCCAAGUUUACGGCGAUUCGAAAUAUGUGUUGAUAGUCAACACUAUCAACGAAUGACAUCAAUAGGCUCCUCAACAUCUCGUACCUCGUCGGAUGAUGAUUCACGUCAUACUCAUUCUCGAACGAACAAUACUACAUACGUAGACGAUAUAAGAAUACUCGAAAUCAAACAACGUUCAUCGACGACAAAUUUGAAUACAUACAAAAUGAUGUCAAUCUCAGGAAAUAUUUGUCCUCGAUGCUCAAAAACUGUUUAUUCGGCUGAAGGAGUUAAAGCUGCUGGCAGAUCAUUUCAUAAACGAUGUUAUACUUGUGCUCACUGUAAAGGAGGCAUAAGUGGUGCUCGUUUCUCUGAGCAUAAUGGCGAACUUUAUGAUAAUAAUUGUUAUCAUCGUUUGUUUGGCCCGAAAGGCAUAUUAUCAGUAGGAAAUUAA